CAACAAUCUACUAGCGAUACAAGCUCAACUUCACGCGAUGAUAGUACAACAACCACGAAUACCAGUAAUGAUGGCACAAGUCGCAGCAGUCGUAAAAGUGCUGCAAAGUUUUUAUUAAGAAAACGUAAUACAAAAAAAUCUGCAACUAAAGAAUCUAAAGCGUUAAAAUCUCAGGACAAAGCUUGUGUCAAAUGUGUGGUAGUGGGUGAUUGUGCUGUGGGGAAAACAAAUUUAAUACUCUCUUAUCUGGAGAAUCGUUUUAAUACUGAACAUGUGCCUACAGCAUCAGAUAUUUAUAAUGCUGAUGUUAUGGUCAACGAUAGUCCCGUACAUUUAACACUCUGUGAUACAGCCGGUCAGGAUACAUUGGAUCCAUUACGUGAGCUUUGCUACCCAGAUAGUGAUGUAUUCCUGUUGUGUUUUUCGGUGGCAAAACCAGAAACAUUCCAUGCCAUCAAAACCAAAUGGGCACCAAGAUUUUCGAAUACAAAAGCAUCAUUGAUUUUGGUUGGUACUCAAGCUGAUUUGCGCACAAAUCCGAAUGUACUGAAUAAAUUGCAGUCUAAUGGCGAACAACCAAUUUCAUAUGCGGAUGCUUGGGAUUUGGCAACAACAAUUGGUGCAAAAUACAUUGAAACUUCAUCAGCAACACAGGAUAAAGUUAAAGAUGUCUUCGAUGCAGCCAUUUGGGAAGGCUUAGCUCCAACCACCUUGCCCCCUACUCCCAUACCAUUUUGGAAGAAACUUUUCUGUUUAGCCUAAAUAAAAACAAUAACCACAUAUUAUAAUUCCAAUCCAGCGACAUCUCAUGUAAAAACGCAAAAAAUCUUAAUUAUUUUUAUAGACUGAUUAAUGUUAUACAAAACAAAAUUUAUAAAAUUGUAUUAAUACAAACAUAUUUUUACUUUAACUUUGUUUAAUUGUUCGUUCUAUUAGAGCACUUUGCUUACAAAAUUUAAAUGUUUCAUUAUUAAGUUUGCAAACAAAUUAUUUUCUCAUAACUGUUUUUCGCCAAUGUUAAGUUUUGGUCAAAUUAUUUUUAUUACAAAAUACAUUUUUAUUACUUAAUUAUUGAUAUACAUAAGUUACUUGUUUUUCAUCACAAUUUAACAAAUUUUUUAAGCAUAAAUGCAAAAUUUAUAAAAAAUUUAAUUAUUUCUCAUUAAUUAAACAAUUCUAUAAUUCUUAUUAGAUUGUUAUCUUAGUAUAUUUUCCUAAUUUUAAGUUAAAACUUACAUACAUAUGUAAAUAAGCAUAUCAACACUUUAUUAAAGUGUUUAAAAUGAAUUGAUUAAAAAUAAAAACAAAGAAAAAUACAUUUUAAGAAUAAGUAUAAAAUUGUUCAUUCCAUCCACACACGAAAAAUUUGUUAACUAUUAAGUUUUAUGAUUGAAUAAACAAAAACAUUUAUAAAUAAUAACG